UUCCACUGCUGCUGCUGUCUCUAGUCCCCCAGUUUUAAGAGACAAAGGUCAGGAAGAGAAGCUUAUAAAUAGGCUUAAAUAUAGGCUACCGACGCGUUCAGUCCUCAGUCGCUCUAACGGAUUCAAGAGGUCACGGACAAGACGAAACGGACAAGGGACCACGCUCAAAGGACAUUAAAAGGACAAAAUAACAGAGGAAAGCAGAUCAACAUUGCAGAAUGGCUCAAAAAGAGAAACUUCAGUGUCUGAAAGAUUUCCAUAAGGACACUCUGAAGCCGUCUCCAGGUAAGAGCCCUGGCACCCGGCCCGAGGACGAGGCGGAGGGCAAACACCCGCAGAGAGAGAAGUGGGCCAGCAAGCUGGACUUUGUUCUGUCUGUUGCUGGUGGCUUUGUUGGUUUAGGGAACGUCUGGCGUUUCCCAUACCUCUGCUAUAAAAAUGGUGGAGGUGCAUUUCUCAUCCCCUACUUCAUUUUCCUGUUUGGUGGAGGUUUGCCAGUCUUCUUCCUGGAGGUCGUACUGGGUCAGUUCACCUCUCAGGGUGGCAUCACCUGCUGGGAGAAGCUCUGUCCCAUCUUUACUGGUAUUGGUUACGCUUCCAUUGUGAUUGUGUCCCUGCUAAACAUCUACUACAUUGUCAUCCUGGCCUGGGGCCUCUACUACCUGUUCCAGUGUUUUCAACCUGAGCUACCCUGGGCCAAGUGCAAUCAGCCCUGGAACACUGAUCAUUGCAUUGAGGACACCUACCGCAAGAACAAAACCUUCUGGGUAGCUGCCAACGCCUCCAACUUCACCUCCCCCGUCACUGAGUUCUGGGAACGUAAUGUACUGGGUAUCUCCAGUGGAAUAGAGGAGAUGGGUCCUAUUAAAUGGGACCUGGCCCUGUGUUUACUGCUCGUGUGGGUCAUCUGCUUCUUCUGCAUCUGGAAGGGCGUCAAAUCCACUGGAAAGGUGGUCUACAUCACAGCCACGUUCCCGUUUGUCAUGCUCAUUGUGCUUUUGAUUCGUGGUGUGACACUGCCAGGUGCUACCGAGGGCAUCAAGUUCUACCUGUAUCCUGACCUCGCUCGGCUGAAGGACCCAGAGGUGUGGAUUGAUGCUGGCACCCAGAUCUUCUUCUCCUAUGCCAUCUGUUUGGGUGCCAUGACGUCCUUGGGGAGCUACAACAAGUACAAAUACAACUGCUACAGGGACUGUUUGCUGCUGGGAGCCCUCAACAGUGGUACCAGUUUUGUGUCUGGCUUCGCAAUAUUUUCCGUCCUGGGCUUCAUGGCACAAGAGCAAGGGGUGGACAUUGCUGAUGUGGCAGAGUCAGGUCCAGGCCUGGCUUUCAUUGCCUACCCCAAGGCUGUAACCAUGAUGCCUUUUCCUACACUCUGGGCAAUUCUCUUCUUCAUUAUGCUGCUGCUGCUUGGCCUCGACAGUCAGUUUGUGGAGGUGGAAGGGCAGAUCACAUCACUGGUGGAUCUGUAUCCGUCCUUCCUAAGGAAGGGUUACCGCAGAGAGGUCUUCAUCGCUAUUAUCUGCUGCAUCAGCUACGUGCUUGGACUCACCAUGGUUACCAAGGGUGGCAUGUAUGUUUUCCAGCUGUUUGACUACUAUGCAGCGAGCGGUGUGUGCCUUCUGUGGGUGGCAUUCUUUGAAUGUAUAGCUGUUGCCUGGGUUUAUGGCGUUGAUAAUUUCUAUGAUGCGAUUGAGGACAUGAUUGGCUACAAACCAAAUCCUUGGAUGAAAUGGAGCUGGACUGUGAUCACUCCUUUACUGUGCAUGGGUUGCUUUAUCUUCUCUUUGGUCAAAUACAAGCCAUUGACAUACAACAAAUUGUACCAGUAUCCCGACUGGGCCAUUGGAAUAGGGUGGACUCUGGCCUUGGCAUCCAUGAUCUGCAUCCCCAUGGUGGUUGUCAUCAAGAUCAUCCAAUCUGAUGGGCCACUCAUUGAGAGGAUUAAGGCGGUGGCAGCCCCGGUACGUGGUGGAGCCAGCUCCCGUCCUGCAGACCAUCGUGGGCCUAAAGAGCUCUCCUGUCCACUGGACCCCAAUGGGAACAAGGGCCUACUGAUGAAGGCCCCUACUCACACCAUCGUAGAAACCAUGAUGUAAAGGAAUGAGGUGGAGGCUCUCCAUGAGAUCGCUCUCCUCCCCUCUCCUGUCCUCUAAAAUGCUUCUAAAGCUAGCUAGCUUUCUGUCUGUCUGUCUGUCUCUGUCUGGUGGACUGAUAAGGGUGUUAAAGAAAAAUGUUUGAAUCUUUUAGGAAAGUUUUGAAAGUAGUGUGCAGUUGGUGGUUUUCACAAGAGGGUUACAAUCCCAUUUCAAAUCUAUUUCUGAAUUAGCUGGUUUUUUGUUUUGUUUUUUUCCUAUGAGUAGUUUUCAUGUGACUACACAUCCCACUGUGUUCUUGUUUUAAAGGCAAAGUGGCAAAUUAGCAACAACAGCCUCCGGUCGUGUUCCACCAGCUACUUUUGCACAUAACCAGCCAUUAUUCUAGAAGAAAGUGGUUAUUGAGUCUUGGAAUCAAAUCAUCUUUUGUAGCCACUACACAGAGAAUUCCUAAAAUAGGCACUGAUCACCAAAAACAGAUUUUUUUUUUUUUCCUGCUUUGAUGGAUUUUUAUUUAUUUACUUUUUUUUUUUGCUAGUUAUUUUAUUAACUUUGUGUACUUCUUUGAGGACACGUUCCACAGGGUUAAGCUUUGGUCUAUUGUACUCCAUUAUGCUCAGUAGAGGCCGUGUUGCUAUCAGAGGAUUUAUUAGCUUUUUAGCCAAAAUAUCAAAAAUGCAAGUCUGCAAACACCAGCGUUACAUGCCUUAUCACUGCCGGCUUUUUUAAUCAUAGACUUGAAAUAUCAGUAACAAUGAGCUUAAUGGAUAUUUACAACACAUUUGGGUCAAUAUAACAAAACAAAAUCCAUUGCAGCUUAAACCAAAACAAAAGCGAAAAAAUAAUCAAUGAAAAUGUAUAUUAUUGAAACUGUCUUAAUAGGUAAUAAUGACUAUCAAAAUAGAGUCCUCUGAAUUCACCUUUGCCCAGAUAGUCCCAUCUUCCACAGUCAUACGGGCCAAAGAGAAAACGAGCAUUGGGGAAACCUGUUCCUGCACAAAGAGAGAGAUGCGAACGGAUUUGAAGUGUGGAGGUUGAACCCUUGACUGUGUUGUUCGUGAUGUACUGUACAGUAGUGGCUAAUCAGUCUAUCAGUAUCUAUCUCUUUAUCUAUCGUUCUCUGUCCUAGACCAGUUUACAGUACAUUAGUGACUGCACUAGGCACUCUUGGCUUAAAAGUUUGGAUUGGAUUUGCUUUAUUUACUACAAAGGAAGUCACAUUAUUAUUAGUUUUUUCCUCUGUCAGUGUUUAGAUUUUUUUAAAAUUAAUGUUAUUGAUAUUUACUAUUGAAUUGCUGUAGUUUUACAUAGAAGGAGGAACACUUUCAUCUGGUGAAAAUACUAAGCUAUUAUAUAAACCAUACAUCUACAUUGACAGCUAUUGUAGUAAAGUCUUUGGUUUUCUUCAGCCGUGCUCCUACUGACAGCUGUCUUAGGCGUCAUACAAACAAACAAUGCAGCUGAUUUUCUCAGACAGAGGGGCGUGAGUCAAUUUUUAUAUAUACAAGAAAAUUGGUAUUCUAUAAUGGCUCCAUUCAUAAGUUUGUAAUUCUUGGGUUUUUAGCUUUUUCCCUUCUGUAAAUACCAGGAGAGAGUUUUUUAUUUUGGAUAAAUCCAGCUCGGUAGGGCACUGCAACCAGUGGUUAAACAAAUAACUCAAGUUAACCACUGGUUGGGAGAGACUCCCAGCAAAUAUACCGGUGUCUGACAGUUGACUCGUUCCAGACGCUGAGAUUUGGCAGCUGGCUGAGUUUGGGCUUUUCUGGGGUCACCGUGUUUCUUUUCCGCCCUUCAACUGGGAGCUGAAAAGUUUCAUUUUUAACAGCAACUGUUCAAACCUGUCUUUUUCUCCUAAAUUAAUACAGAUACUAUAAAUAUAUUUUUGGAUUGGUCAUCUCACAUUUUUUUGCAGUAGAAUGCCCUUUUUCUUAAAUUUUCAUAGACACCAGUGAAACUAGUGAUACCCAGACCCCCGCUAACCAUUCCUAUGACGUGUGCCCUGUGAUGCAUUGAGUCUGUGUCCUUAACUCUGUUCAGUUUUAGCAAUCGUGCAUGCAAAACUACAUUACAUUCAUGUUGAUAAAACAGGGGCCAUACUUUUGAUGAUGUGAACAGUUAACAACCAAGAGCAAACGAUGUGAGGGGUGUAACAGUUACAAAGAGUUUUAAUAUAUCUGCGUAACAAGGGGUUUCCCAUGUGUAUGUGUCACCAGCGACCAUCCACUCAGGACCUUCUUUGUAGUGCUUUUGUCUACUGUAUAGCUGCAUUAACCCAGCAUCCAAAAAAAAUGACACUUUUAACUCUGGGUGACAGAGAGCUACAACGGUAGCAGUUGAAACUAAUGUUUUCGUCCAGCUUGAUAAGCCAUUAGAUUGGUUUUUUGCUACACAGAGAUGAAAAUCACACCUUAACUGCCUAUUUUAGCCACAAUCAAAGGCAAAAAAAAAUAGUUACUUGAUGUAAGUCUAUAUAGCACCUUAUUUUAUUUUAUCAUUUUGAUUUCAUAUCAAAUGAUGAGGCCAAAAAAAUAUGCACUGCCUUCUUUUUGUUCUGGACUCUCAGGGGCCUCUCCAUUAAAAUUGGUAUACUUUUAAAACACUCUGGUUUCACUUUAUGACAUAAGCAAAUAUAUUAAAUUAGAUCAAGAUGCAUACAUGCAUACAGUUAUACAGUACACAUGCAUUGCAGGAUUUUGACCAACAGCUUCACAUGAGACGUGAUAGUGAGACCAGGGCCUCAUUUUUAUUUCAUUUCCAGGGCCUCAUUUCAUUUAAGCUCUGACAACUUUGUGUCCAUUUAUUUAAUUCCUUCAGAUAGAAUAAAGUAGUUGAUAUCAUUAAAAGGGAUUUGUGUAACCAAAUCCACAUCAGACAUCUAUUUUCAUACAACUUUUCAUAUAUAAGUCGUCUUUGUAUAGCUCAGCUCCCAUUGCUGACCUCCCAUUUUAAUACAGAUACAGUGUUUUGUUCUGUCAUUAACUUUUGUACAGAUCUGGUUCUCGGUUUCUCUGAAGAAUCUUUGCACGAAGGUAAAAAAAAAAAUUAAGUAAUUGCAAUUAAUGAUGUGAGGAAAAAUCUGCAAAUGCAAUUUAAUUUGCUUAAAGGUUUUUUUGUUUUUUUUUUAAAUAUUGUGGGAAUUCAAGAAGUGAAAUCCAAACUAACAAAGAGUUCCAUUAAAAAUGCCUGAAGCAUUGCAAACAAGGCGGAAUAUUUCUUAGUACAAAAAUUCUUCAAGGGAAAUGUGAACUAGAAACAGUAACUAUUGAAUUAUGCUUACCAUCAGUGUAUAUUUACAGUAUGUACCUGCUUUCCUGCCUUCAUACACUCCCUGGCUGUUAGCCUAUGUAAAACAUCCGUUAACGUAAGCUAACUGAUUCUCAAAGAUCCUGAAUUUUAAAGCAAACUGCAGCAUUAGCGAUGCACAAGUUUUUACCGACGGAUGUUGAAAUGUGAACGUAAAUGUUUCUGAAGAUUUUUUUUUGCAUAAAAAGUACUUUCUUUUUUAUUUUGUAUCCUUAUUGGAGUCUGCAGUUUCUCAUUGUUUUAUUUUUGAUUGUAACAUUUGCCUUUUUUGUAUUCCAAAUAUAUUUGCAUAUUUGAAACCUGUCAUUGGAGUACAACUAUAUAAAUCAAAACACAAGCAUAAACAAGUUAUGAUUUACUUUGUGCAAUACUGCAGAAUACUUUGUUUCAUUCUGUUUUUCCAAAGGUGGUACUAACCUUUGAAGUAAGACGAUAAUGUGUGAUUUCCUGAAGAAUAAAGAUUUAAAUCUUCAGUUAAAAUAAAACCCCACAAAAAUAUGCUUUGUAGUUUGGAAACAUAACCAAACUAAACUGCUAUCAACCAUCUUGUCAUUUGAAAUGCACUGAUUAUUAAAUGUGUGUCACAUCAAACUGAA